AUGGAUGAUGAGAAACCCACUGCCACCACUAAUUCUGACAUCAGCAAUGAUGAAGCUCCCAAUGAAAUUGAUGUCCAGCUCCCGCACAACCUCACACUUGGCUACAACAUCUAUGACAAUUAUUUGAACAUACUUGGCACUUCAGAUGCCUUGCUGGACAUGCUCUCCACUGGAGAAGGCAAUGUUCCAAACUACAGCUGUGGAAGGAUGGUCAACCUUUUGGCUCUUCUUGAUGCAGCUGCCAGGGACAUCUCCAUUCAAAUGUCAAUGUUAGGAGGCCCCUACAAAGUCCUGCAGUUCCACCCAUUUCUGAAGAAUGAUGAGUUUUGCAAUCUUUCCCAACGGAAACUCUACUUGGACCAAAACGGAGAUGUAGCAGCAGAUCUAAGUAUUAUCAGCUGGGUGGUUCUCCCUUUGGAGGAUCCCGUCAAACAGCAACUGGGCACUUUGGAAAGACAGAGAUUUGUCAUCAACCAAGAUGCCGUUUCACGACUAAAGUUGCUCAACAAGUGCCCAGAUGAUCAAUAUCCAACUCAGAAUCAAGUCCAAUGUAUCCCCAAAAGAAUAACCUUCCUUUCUUAUAAAGAGCAUCUGGGCAUCAUCCUGGUCUCCUUUGCUCUACUAUUGUUCCUAACCACAGGCUUUGUUUUAAUCGUAUUUCUUAAAUAUCGAGAAACUCCCAUUGUCAAAGCCAACAAUCGGGACCUCUCCUACAUCCUCCUGGUCUCCCUCCUGCUCUGCUUCUUGUCUUCCUUUCUUUUCAUUGGACAAUCCAGGAGAGCCACCUGCCUUCUCCGACAAACGGUGUUUAGCAUUGUCUUUUCAGUAGCCGUGUCUUCUGUGUUAGCCAAGACAAUCACAGUCGUGCUGGCCUUUCUAGCCUCAAAACCAGGGAAUAGGAUGAGAAGAUGGUUGGGGAAGAGCUUGGCUAACUCCAUCAUUCUUUCAUGUUCUGGUGUUCAAAUGUUCAUCUGUGCACUGUGGCUAGCAGUUGCUCCCCCUUUCCCUGACUCUGACCUGCACUCCCAGCCUGGAGAGAUCAUCCUUCAAUGCAAUGAAGGCUCUGUCACCAUGUUUUAUGCCAUCCUCGGCUACAUGGGUUUCCUUGCUGUCAUUUGCUUCACAGUAGCUUUUCUAGCCAGGAACCUACCUGGGGCAUUCAACGAAGCCAAGCUGAUAACCUUCAGCAUGCUGGUCUUCUGCAGCGUCUGGGUCUCCUUUGUGCCGACCUACCUGAGCACCAAAGGGAAAUACAUGGUGGCUGUGCAAGUUUUCUCCAUUUUGGCCUCCGGGGCUGGACUGCUGUGCUGCAUCUUCUUUCCCAAGUGCUACAUUAUCAUCCUGAGACCAGAUCUAAACACUAAGGAAUGUUUAAUGAUAAAAGUAGAGAACUGA